AAGCCUCAAAACCUAAUUAUACCCACUAUGUUAGCUUUGUCUCCUGUUUUCUCAACCUAUGGAUGGCCAUUGGAGGACCCAAUAGGCCACGAACAAAUCUACUUCUCUAGAGAAGCUGAGAAGACGAUUGAUACUAUUGCUAAUAGUAACUUCUUUCAAUCUCAGCCUCCAGAAAUAUUGGAGCUUGAUCACUUUGCAUCUUUUACAGAUUAUAGUGGUGAUCCCAACAUGGUUAAGAAACUUAACCAUAAUGCAAGCGAACGUCAUCGUCGCAAGAAGAUGAACUGCCUCUAUUCUUCCCUCCGAUUGCUACUUCCGGCAGCCAAUGAAACGAAGAAACUCAGCAGAGCUGCCACAGUUUCUUGGGUGCUAAAGUACAUUCCAGAACUACAACAGCAAGUGGAGAGGCUGGUUCAAAGGAAAGAGGAGCUAUUCUCCAAGCUAUCUAAGCAAGAUCAAACUCAGCAAAUGAAGCCUAAAAAAGGCAUCUCUAGCAGCUUUCUAUCAGCAGUAUCAGCUACUCAGAUCAGUGACUCAGAAGUUGUGAUUCAGAUUUCUACUUACGGCGUCCGUACAAGUCCAUUAUCAGAAAUCUUGCUUUAUUUGGAGGAGGAAGGUCUUUCUUUAAUCAAUUCUUCUUCCUUUGAGUCCUUUGGAGGCAGGGUCUUCUUUAAUUUACAUCUUCAGGCAAAAGGAGGCUAUAAAUUGGAGCAAGAGGUUUUAAGUGAGAAGCUUGUGUCUUUAUACAAGGAAGGGAAAGGAUUUCCAUAAAAUUCGUGUAUGAUAUUUGAUAAUUUAACUGUAAAAGUAAACGUACAAAAUUUUACUUUUUUGGCAUAAUGGCAUAUCGAGUAUUAAACUUAA